ACUAGCAGACUACUCGAAUUGUCAAAUGUCAAACAACCAAAGAUAAAAAGUUAAAAACACGGAAAUAAUUUUACCGGGUUACCGCCCCUCUUUACUGCCUUUUCUUAAAAAUAUGGCUGUGGUGCAACAGGCGUUAAAAUGUGUUUUUUGUCAGAUUUGCCAAGGUCUAGCCCCAGCAAAUAUUGUCCAUCAGGAUCUUAAAUAUUUGGCAUUCCGUGACAUCAAACCAGCUUCAGAGAACCAUCUUCUAAUCAUACCUAGAGAACAUAUCACAGAUGUAAAAAGCCUUACUGUAGAAACUGUCAAUAUUGUCGAGGAGAUGGUUGAAAUAGGACAACUGCUUGUGAAAGAACAGUUAGGAACCUUGGUUGAUUGCAGAAUGGGAUUUCAUUGGCCACCUUUCAACUCUGUCAAACAUCUACAUCUCCAUGUGAUAUUUCCGGAGCAGGGUAUGGGUUUUAUAGGCCGUCAAGUAUUUCGUCCUGGAACUUUUUAUUUCGCAACGCCGGAAACGACAAUCGAUUGGAUCAAAAAGUAUCGCUCUUCUUCUCUGUAGCUUCCUUGUCUUCCAAAUUUACCUUCAGUCGAAAAUGUAAAAAUUCUGAUAACUGAACAGUGCUUAAUGCAUUUAAGUUGCAUAGGGGAUAUAAACACAUGCAUUGAUGAAACAUGGAUUGUUUGCGUGACACUCAUCAAUAACAUGUCAUAGCUGCGAGAAAAGGAACGACCAUAAAUAAAGAUAAUAAAUAUUCAUAUAUUCGAAUUAAUUCAAAAUCAUCUGUAUUUCCAAAAAAUGAAGACUAAUAGCGGAUGUACGAUAAAUGAGAGAAAUACAUAAUGAGCGCGACCGA